CAGCAGCAGCAGCAGCAGCAGCAGCAGCAGCAGCAGCAGCAGCAGCAGCAGCAGCAGCAGCAGCAGCAGCAGCAGCAGCAGCAGCAGCAGCAGUUCAGCAGCAGCAGCAGCAGCAGCAGCAGCAGCAGCAGCAGCAGCAGCAGCAGCAGCAGCAAGCAGCAGCAGCAGCAGCAGCAGCAGCAGCAGCAGCAGCAGCAGCAGCAGCAGCAGCAGCAGCAGCAGCAGCAGCAGCAGCAGCAGCAGCUGCUAAUGCAGCAGCAGCAGCAGCAGCAGCAGCAGCAGCAGCAGCAGCAGCAGCAGCAGCAGCAGCAGCAGCAGCAGCAGCAGCAGCAGCAGCAGCAGGCAGCAGCAGCAGCAGCGCAGCAGCAGCAGCAGCAGCAGCAGCAGCAGCAGCAGCAGCAGCAGCAGCAGCAGCAGCAGCAGCAGCAGCAGCAGCAGCAG